UAUAAAUUGGCAUACACCUCCCCACAUUUGCUUCCCCCUCCCCUCUCUUCUAUUCCUCUUUAAAUGAAAAGAAAAUAAAAAAGAAAGAAAGAAAAGAAGUUAUUGGGCUUCAUUGAUUUAAAUAAUCCCCAAGGGUUCCUUCACCUAGGUGGAUCUCUCUAUAAGAAGUGUUUGCUGCCCCAUUUGUGCCUCUCCCCUUCCCCCCUUAUUCUCCCUUCCUGCUUAGUAAACUCUUCUCACAAGCUUAGUUGAAGCUGCUUCUCAAUGGGUGAAGCUAAGCAGGAAGAAGCUAAGGUGGAAGCAAAGCCAGAAGAGAAGAAGGAAGAGAAGAAAGAGGAGAAGGUAGAAGAGAAGAAAGAGGAGGAAACCAAGCCCUCCCCACCUCCCCCAAUUGUGUUGCAUGUGGACUUGCACUGUGUUGGGUGUUCAAAGAAGAUUGAGAGGUCCAUUCUCAAAUACAAAGGGGUUGAAGGGGUUGAGGUGGACAUGGAGAAAAACCAGGUCACAGUGAAGGGCAUAGUGGACCCUCUAGCUUUGUGCACCAGGAUUCAAAAGAAGACACUGAGAAGAGCAAAAGUCCUCUCUCCACCACUUCCUCCUGCUGAGGGGGACUCCACCAAAUCACAAGUGGUUCAAUCCCAGGUUAGUGCAAUUACAACAGUGGAGCUCCAUGUGAACAUGCACUGUGAGGCCUGUGCCCAACAGCUUCAGAGGAAGAUCUCAAAGAUGAGAGGAGUUCAAACAGCCGAGACCAACCUUAGUGCCAGUAAAGUGACUGUAACCGGAACUACGAGUGGCGAAAAGCUUGUUGAGUACAUCCACCGACGGACAGGAAAACUCGCGACUAUCAUACCUCCUCCGCCCCCCAAAGAAGAAAAGAAGAAAGAAGAACCAGAGAAAAAGCCUGAGGGGGACGCGCCACCGCCAGAGGAGAAGAAAGAAGAGAAGGCUGCAGGAGAGAAGAAAGAAGAUACCGCAGCAAAAGCCGAAGAAAAAGCACCUCAAGAAGGCAAUGCAGAGGCGGAUAAGAAAGACGGCGACGGCGCUGGCGCUGGCGGCGGUAAGGAAGAGAAAGGAGACGGUGAGGAGCCAAAGAAAGAUGUAGUGGUCACAAACCCCGUUUUCACUGAAGAAGAUAUGAUAAAGAGGAUGAUGUAUUGGAAUGGAGGAUUUAUGAGUCAAGAAGAGAUGGCCAGGAGGAUGAUGAUGAUGCAUUGGAUGCCAAUGCCGGUUUACAUGAUUGAACCGCCGCCGCCACCGCCACAGUUGUUCAGUGACGAGAACCCUAAUGCCUGCUGCAUCUCAUAGACUUGUUCAUACAUUUGCAUGGCAUUAAAAACUAGGGUUUUUAUAUAUUGAAGAGGAAGAGAAACAAAGUAAUGCAUGAAGAUUUGUAUGUAGUAUGGAGUGGGAUGGGCAUUGAUGAUGAGCUUAGAAGUUCAAACUCUCUUUCCUAAUAAAUGAAACGAGAUAUAUAUAGACAAAUCAUGCAUGUGAAUGUGAUGCAUUGCAGGAA